GCCCUUUUGUGAAUGUUUUUGCUCGGAUUUCUUGAACCGCCCGAAGCAAGAGGCAAGAAGAGAAGAAAGAAAACGACGACACAAACACAACCGACAGCAACUGACAGACAGAACAGAGAGGAGACGACGACAGCCAUCCAUCCGUCCAUCACCCCAAAAAGAAGCAGAGCAGUCUCCAUCACGACAGACAGCAAGCAAGCAAAACAAGCAAAGCAAGCGGCUGUGUGUGACUUGAGAGCAACGGUGAUCCAAAGGGCCACACACCACCCUCUGUGUUUGUGCGCACGCUUCAGUGAGUCCCACACACGAGCUGCUGUUGUCAGCGGUUAUUGAUUGCUGCAUCCAGUUUUCAGAAGCCCCGUCCCCAACUCGACACAAAACAGCCAGCCAUGCCACCUGCCGGUGAAGAGGCCACAAAGAAGAUGGACGUCUCCAAGGACGUCGACAAGAACAAGGACAAAGACGCCAAGAAGAACGAAAAGGAAGAAGACGUGGAAAUCAACGAGGAAGACCUGUCCGAAGCUGACCGCGAGCUGAAGAUGAAGCUUGAGGGUUACCUUGACCGACUCGACGAGGACGAUCAGAGCCUGUACGAGCAGUGCCUGAAGGACCUGCGUUCCGAGAUCAAGACAGCCACGUCAUCUAUGACCUCUGUGCCCAAGCCCCUCAAAUUCCUUCGCCCACACUAUCAGCGCAUCAAGGACAUCCGCGAGAAGCUCAGCUCCCCAGAACACAAGGCGAUUGCUGCCGACGUCAUCUCGCUGAUUGCGACGACGGUGGACAGCGGCGAGCGCGACUGCCUCAACUUCCGCCUCAAGGGCACAGAUGAGCCCAUCUCCCUCUGGGGCCACGAAUACGUCAGGCACCUGAUUGGUGAGAUUGCGCUUGAGCACAGCGCGCGCGUGGCGGCUGCAGAGGAGGCUGGCAGCGAGCCCCAGCUCGACGACCUCACCAAGCUUGCCGGUGAAAUUGUCCCAUACUGCGUCAAGAACAACGCCGAGCCAGACGCUUGCGACCUCCUCAUGGAGAUUGAGCGCCUUGAUAUGCUGGAGCCGCACGUGGACGAGAACUGCUACGACCGCGUCUGCCUCUACCUCAUGAGCUGCGUCCCAUACGUCCCAGAGCCGUACGACGAGAUCCUGAUGAAGACAUGUCUCGGCAUCUUCCGCAAGUUUUCCAAGUGGCCGCAGGCGAUGCAGGUCGCCCUCAAGCUGAACGACAUGGACAUUAUCAAGGACAUCUUCAAAACAUGCCCAGACAGGAGCACGCGGCGGCAGCUUGCGUUCCUGCUUGGACGGCAGCAGUUUUUCUUUGACGUUGAGGAGGAGCUUGACGGCAUUGAGGAGGACGAUGACGAGCUCGAGCAACUCCGCGACCUCAUGGCAAACACGCACCUGAGCAGCAGUUACCUUGCACUGGCGCGCGAACUCGACAUUCUGGAGCCAAAGUCCCCCGAUGAUGUGUACAAGGCCGACGACAAGAUUGCCACACGGUUUGCCGUGCCGCGCCUCAACCUGGCCAAGAGCUUCACCAACGCCUUUGUGAACACCGGUUUUGGCAGCGACAAGUUGAUUCUGGUUGAGCAGGGCAACACGUGGAUCUACCACCACAAGGAGCGCGGGCGCAUGUCUGCUGCUGCGUCGCUGGGCAUGUUGCUGCUGUGGGACGUGGACGGUGGCCUGACCCAGAUUGACGCGUACAUGAUGUCUGACAAGGAGGAGGUCAAGGCUGGCGCCCUGCUCGCCAUUGGCAUUGUCAACUCCACCGUUCGCAACGAGCACGAGCCCGCGCUCGCCCUCCUCCAAGACUAUGUGACAAGCAAGGUGCACCUGUUCCGCGUGUCGUCUGUGAUGGGUCUCGGGCUGGCCUACGCCGGCACCGCCAACGAGAUUGUCACGGAGCUGCUGCGGCCCGUGCUUGACGACUCAGACGCCAAGCUUGAGCUGCACGCCACCGCCGCCAUUGCGCUUGGCCAGAUCCACGUCGGCACGGGCAACAUGGAGAUUGCAGAGGCCAUUGUGCAGUGCCUGCUGGUGCUCAAGCCGGAGCAGCUCAACACCAUGCACGCCCGCAUGAUUGUUGUCGCUGUCGGCCUCAUCUUCAUGGGCAAGCAGGCCAGCUCAUCGCUUGCGUCUGACGUGCUGAGCAUUGUGCCGGAGCCGUACAAGACGGUGUUCCAGACGAUUGUGGAGAGCAUCGCCUAUGCCGGCACAGGCAACGUGCUCAAGAUCCAGAAGCUCCUGCACAUGUGCUCGGAACACAUUGAGGAGAAGGAAGGCGAGGAGGGCAACAACCUCUCACAGGCGUUUGCGACGAUUGGCAUUGCGAUUGUUGCCAUGGGGGAGGACAUUGGCGUUGAGAUGGCGCUGCGCAGCAUGAACCACCUCCUCCAAUAUGGCGAGCCCGUCAUCAGGAGGGCUGUGCCGAUUGCCAUGGCGCUGCUGUGCACGUCCAACCCUGCGUUGAACGUGCUUGACAUUCUGAGCAAGCUGACGCACGACCCGGACAAGCAGGUGGCGUACAACUCCAUCUUUGCACUUGGCAUCAUGGGGGCCGGCACCAACCACGCCAGGAUUGCCGGCAUGCUGCGCCACCUUGCGCAGUACUACAGCCGCAGCAACGAUGCCAUGUUUGUCAUCCGCAUCGCACAGGGUCUGCUGUACACGGGCAAGGGCAGCAUCACGCUGUCGCCGUUCCACACGGAGCGCUCUCUGCUGUCUCCCGCCGCCGCCGCAGGCCUCCUCACCAUGCUCCUCAGCCUCGUCGACGUCAAAGAAGUGCUGUUGGGUGACAGCCACUUUAUGCUGUACCACUUGGCGCUUGCGAUGCAUCCGCGCAUCCUGUCGCUCUUUGACGAGGACCUCAACCCACUUUCCCUCACCGUCCGCGUCGGCCAGGCCGUCGACGUCGUCGGCCAAGCAGGCAAGCCCAAGACCAUCACUGGCUUUGUGACGAACAACACGCCCGUGCUGCUUGGCUUUGGAGAGCGCGCGCAGCUGGCGACAGAGGAAUACGUGCCGCUUACGCCCACCCUGGAAGGGUUUGUCAUUUGCCGCAAGAACCCAGACUACGACGAAGAGACGGCAGCCAAGAGCAAGAAGUAACAAUGCACACGCGCAUGCGCGCAUGUACGAACGUGCUUGCUUGCUUGGCACACUGAUGUGGUCGUUGAUGUCGCUGUGAGUGAGGGCAUGUGUGGUCGCUUGCUUGGGCGGCCUUGCUGUGACUGUUUCGUGCGAGUGUGUUUUUGUUUGUUGUUGCCCUUUCCCGUUCGUUCUCGCCAUUAACACACACACACGGAACCGUCAG